AUGUCGGAAGUGUUGCCGGAGAAAAUGAGUCACUAUGGGAACGAGGGCGACGAGGGACACCUGUCCUUCACCUGUCGUCUCCAGGACACCAACAACUUCUUCAACGGCUCGCAGAACAAGCGUCCGCCGAAGCUCGGACAAAUAGGCAGGAGCAAACGGGUUGUGGACGAGGAUGAGAAUGGCGACAACGAAGCCCUGAAAAAUGGAACAGAGAAGACCCCGCCAGAGGCUUAGAGAGCGCGCUCGUCUCACCAUCCCCCAAAAGACACUCUUGAAAAAGAUUUUUUAUGGCGAUAUUUACUAGUUUUAAUCCAAAGACACUGUAUAUAAGCACUUUCUCUCAUGUGGCAGCAAGCAGCACUUCCACACCCUCCU